AUGAGUUACCAGGCGCUAGGAGACGGUCAAUCAGGCGGCUACGGGGGAUACAAUCCUUAUGGUGCAAACGAGAAUCCUUAUUCUGAUCAACAAACCUCGUAUGGGUAUGGAGGUGGCCACAAUGACCCAGAGCAGGGGAACGGAAGCUAUGAGAUGAACGCUGUUCCUCAAUCCGGCGGCCCGACUGCAAUCUUGAACAAGUGCAAGGAAAUGAACGAUGCCAUUGCCGAGUUGAAAACCAAGCGUGAAGGUCAACUUGUCUCCGCCCAAAACGCUCUGCUCGACUCCAGCACAGGAAAGGAGGACCAGGCCGCGCGCCAGACUGUCGACUACAUCGAGGAUGAGAUUAACACUGCCCUGCGCUACCUGCGCGACCAGUUCAAGCGCAUCAAGGAAACCCCUGGAUCCGGCGAUCAGCGUGUGUCUGGUCAAGUCGAGAACGUCAACCGAAACCUCCGUCGUGAGAUUGAACAGUACCAGCGGACUCAAUCGGACUUCCAGAAGCGCCUAGAAGAGCAGGUCCGCCGUCGUUAUGAGAUUGCCAACCCCGAGGCCACCCCCGAGGAACUGGAACAGGGUGUAGCGCUAGUCCUGGCUGGCCAGGAACAGAGCUUUGCGAUCCCCGGUACCCGUUCGCGACAGGCCAACGAUGCCCACCAGGCCACUAUGCAACGGUCCGCUGCCAUCCGCAAGAUCGAGCAGGAUAUGAUCCAACUUGGACAGUUGUACCAGGAAGUCGCCGAGCUCAUCCACCAACAAGAGCCUGCAGUCACUCAGAUUGACCAGAGUGCAGAGGAGACCCACCGCAAUGUGGCGCAAGCCAACACCAAGUUGGACAGUGCCAUCGUGAGUGCCCGCAAUGCGCGCCGCUGGAAGUGGUACGCUCUUAUUGUGGUGAUCCUCAUCAUCUGUAUUGUUGUCGGUGUCGCAGUCGGUGUCACCGAAGCCAACAAGAGCAAGUAA